AUGACGGAGGCCGCUGGUCGUUAUGGUACGCACACGGAGGCCGCUGGUCGUUAUGGUAUUUACAUGAGGCCGCUGGUCGUUAUGGUACGCACACGGAGGCCGCUAUCGUUGGCGGUACGCACAUGGAGGCUGCUGGUCGUUAUGGUACGCACACGGAGGCCGCUGGUCGUUAUGGGUACUGCACUUGUUGUAGGGGAGACCUUAGGGAUGCAAGUUGCAGCGAUUGCCAUCAUAUUUGUGUGCAUUGCAAGAUGGGCCUCCGACUUCGGGUUGCCGCAGACGCCCAAGAGCGGAGCCAAGUCGUGUCCGUACAAUGGGGUGGACCGCGCGUCUCACCCGCCCGAGUGGGCCACCGCACCAGAUGAUGACAAUUCGCUGGUGUACGAGGACGGGGUGCUGGUGUCAGGGUCUCUACAGGCGCUGGUUCAACACGCUGUGCCCACCGCCGUCUACUAUCCCGACACCGCCUACCUCUUCGCCUUCCUUCUCUCCUCUCGGCUCUUCAUCAAGCCCCACGAGCUGCUCCAGCGUGUGUGUGACGUAGGCUUCACCCAGCAAGGGCUUAAGGGCAACGACCUCGGCACUAUCAAUAAGGAGAAGCUGGGUAGGUUUGUGCCUCACAUGGUCCAGCUGCUGGGGGAGUGGAGUGAGACCUUCCCCUAUGACUUCCGUGACGAGCGCAUGAUGGGCGGCGUGCGCACCAUGACGCAUCGCUGUAUAGCCCUGGAACCUUCUCUACGCCGCGACGUCACACAGGUACUACACAACCUGCUGAACAAACUGACGCAGCUGGAACGGUACGAGGAAGGUCUGGCCAAACUCUCGCCUCCUCCACCUUCUGAUUUCAUUCCUCAGCCCUCAGACAUCACGGAGGUGUGCCAGAGCCCCCUGGUAAUGGCCCAGCAGCUGACACACAUCGAGCUGGAGAAACUGUCGUACAUCGGUCCCGAGGAGUUUGUCCAGGCCUUCGCUAAAGACAACCUGGACGCCUGCUACAAGGACCUCAAGAAGACCAGUAACCUUGAGUCUUAUAUCCAGUGGUUCAACAGACUCUCCUACCUGGUCGCUACCCACGCCUGUACACACGUGAAGAAGAAGCAGAGAGUGCGGGUGAUAGAAUGGUGGAUCGAGGUAGCCCGAGAGUGUUUCAACAUUGGUAACUUCAACUCCCUGAUGGGCAUCAUCGCCGGCCUCAACAUGUCUAUCGUCUCCAGACUUAAAAAGACGUGGAGUAAGGUUCAGAGUGCAAAGUUCUCUGUGCUGGAGCAUCAGAUGGACCCCUCCAGCAACUUCAGCAGUUAUCGCUCCACGCUGAAGGCGGCCAUGUGGAGGUCUGCAGGAGCUGUUGAUGACAGACAGAAGAUAGUAAUUCCCUUCUUCAGCCUUCUGGUCAAGGACCUUUACUUCCUGAACGAGGGAUGCGCCAGCAGAUUACCAAACGGACACAUCAACUUCGACAAGUUCUGGCAGUUGGCGAAGCAGGUAACGGAGUUCAUGGCGUGGAAGCAGGUGACAUGCCCCUUCGAGAAGGUACCAGAGGUGAUCCACUAUAUGCAGACUACAUAUGUGCUCACAGAAACAGGGUUGGCGUUGGCGUCCUUCGAGUGUGAAGGUCCAGACAACAGCUACGAGAAGGAGCGGUACAAGAACCUCAAGGCUGACACACAGCAGUCAGCUGAAAGCGAUCGUCAUAACUGAACUGCCUCCUGGGUUACAAACCCUCGUCCUUUUGCUGCCUAGUGAAACUCAAACCCUUGUCCUUGAGCUUCCAGAGCCACCACGGCACAGCAGCUUCCUCUAUACCAGUGACCAUUGGCAAAGUUAUAUACCGCGAAGAUACCACAAACUUACCUUACUUCAAACAAGAGAGAAAUUAAAAGUGUCGUUCGAGUGAAAGUCAAUAAACAAUGUAUUUUACAGUUCGUGGUGGAUUGGAGUGAAAGUUUUCUUAGAGGCUUGUGAGGUGAAGAAUAACUACUUCAAAGCCGCAGGUUUGUGUUUUUGGAACUGCUCUUAACUUGGUCCUGUCUCGUGCUGAGAUCUGAAUCUGGAAGUGAGUUGAAAAAGUUGUGGUUGCGAUCAGAACAGAAACCUUAAAAUUCUGUAUCGCUGCACAGCACAGCUUCUGAAAGUGAGACUUUUUAAAGUGCAUCCAGUCUGUUACUUGUGAAAUAAUUAGUAUUUACGUGUUAGCUAUCACAUGUUGGAGUGUCACACGACCAACAAGAGAGAGAGUGCGCGUGUGUGUGUGCGUGUGCGUGUGUGUGCGUGUGCGCGCGCGCGCUUGUGUGUGGAACGAUGGUUGUGGAAAUCUGAGAAAUGGUUUAUUAAGUACGUGUAUAUACAACUGUUAACCUUUUUUUUUUAAUUAUUAUUAUUAUUGAUACAAUGGUGCACGUUGGGAGUGGAUGGGGGCCGGAUUUUGGAGAGGUAGUAUACUGUACAGUAUGUGUGUGAGCUCCUGAAGCCUGACACCAAGGUACUGUGUUAAGGACACGAGUCAGAGGGAGUCAGGUCACGACUAUGAAUCUUUGAGUGGAAAUUUAUUCUUUACUCAGCCACAUUAAUUUUGAUCGGUGUUUGUAUAGUCAGUAUAUAAAUUAUAGACAAUGUUUAUUUACAUUGGUGUGUAUGUUUUAGCUAGUCUGAAUUUAAGUUGUGUUUUAUUGAAUUCUAAAAGACAGUAUAGCUUAUGUCCGGUAUAAUAUAUCUAUAAUAACUACCUUCAAGAGUCGGCAAAUGAUUUCUUUAAAUUUUUAUUAUGGAUAAAUUGUCACUGAUCUUUGUGUCUCGCUCGAGUCAUUUCAGUUACUCUUGUUCCUGACAUUCCAUAAUUAGGCCGGUGUUGCUAGUAACAAUGUAACUGGAGAGUCAGACAAUCGGCUUCUAGUUUUCUAAGCUACUGAUUGGGUCGAGAGAGAGAGAGAGAGAGAGAGAGAGAGAGAGAGAGAGAGAGAGAGAGAGAGAGAGAGAGAGAGAGAGAGAGAGAGAGAGAGAGAGAGAGAGUGCGUGCGUGCUCCAGUAGGUGGUUGCUUUUCUAUUUUUGCUUUAUAUCUGGUAAAAAAGAUCGCCAAAGAGUCACAAAACAAAGGUAAAAUGCAUGAAGAAUGGGCAAGUGCUUCGGUUUCCAUUUGUGCAUUUCAUUACUAACUUUACACUUACGUCUUUAAAUGUUGCUUGUGUCAACCCUCCUUUAUACAUUUUGUCUGUUCUGACGUCUCUUUAUAUUCAAUCCAGUUUUAUUAUAUGUUUGUUCUCAUAUCUCCUGUAUUGACCAUGAUUUUAACCCUGUCUUAAGAACCCCCUGUUUAGACAUGUACGUUUCCAUAUCUCCCGUGUUUAUCCCAGAUUUUCCCUCUCAACCACCUGCUAUGUCCAGUAGGAUGCAUUCCUGGUGUCGGCACUUCUCCCAAUGUCCUUUCCAUCCCUUUUAUUAAUAUUACGUUACAUUACUUGGAUAAUUUUCCCAUUAUAUUGAUAUUCUAGUUUGGUGAGAAUUAUUAUCAUAAUUUUUAGGCAAACAUUUAUAUGGAAGACGAUCUGUGUAUAUAUUUAUAUAUAUCUAUAUAUAUUUAUCUGUCAAAGUUUCUUUAUUAUUAUGCUCUUAUUAUCUUAUUUAAGAGAUUAUAGUUUAUUGGUAUGUUCACUUUAUUGGUAUGUUUACUUGUGGUAUAGCCAAAUGUAUGCGUGGUUAUACUUUUUGAGUGUCCACCUGUCGUAUUCCUUAAAAUGUAUGUACUGUAAUUGGUAUACUUACAACAACAACUUUUAAGUCCUAUUUACUCGUGCGUAUGUGUGUGGCAGUGGACUGUGUGUAUGUCUUGUUUUUCAAGUGUGCGUACAAACUUAUAAAACCAAAGAUUUCUUAUGUUCUGAUUAAAUCCUUGGACAAAACCUUCAGCGUGAUAAGAUAUAUAUAUGAAAAGUCACGUCACUAAAGUGGUAUUAUAUAUUUUGAAAUAUAUGUAUAGAAAAAUGAUAAAAGCUGAGGGUUUUGUCGAAGGAGAGAUUUUGCUUUUGGUGUAAAUAGUAACUCCUGUAAAGCACCUUAUUUUUCUCUGUAUAAUUUGUAUACUUGGUAGUGAUAUGAUCUGAUACACCUCCCUUACCCACAUCGACACCCACAGUCCUCCUCGAACCAUACGCCACCCUGCUGCUGCUACCAUGGCAAUAUCAAUAUAAGCUGUUCCACGUCCCUACUGUAUACCACAGUCACAUCGCCCGUGGCGUUUUGAACCCACACCCUCGCUUGCCUUCCUCCUCGUCAUUGUUCACUCCCUACCCCUGUUUUACAAUGUUUACCCUCUUGGUCUACACUGUCACCCUUAACCUAUGUACCCCUUGCCCAAUUUCGUAACUCACUUUUCGUCACUUUGUUCCUCGGCUGUCAGUAUCUACCCUGCUGAUAGCCCUGCACAAGGUUCGUUUGGUUUUGAUUUACUAUCUAUUACACCGAGCCUCAUUACCAUGUGAUGUCUUGUUUUGCUUCAUACAUCGUCGUGCUCGGUGACCAAUGAUGAAUCUCGCUCCUCUUGGACACACUUAAAUAAUACAGUAUCUGUCUUUACCUCCACGAGAAAGAAUACGCCAUGAAAGCCUGAGUUCCUCUGAAAGUUGUAGAAAAAAAAAGCUUGAAUUGCUCACUUCGUCAAGUAACAUUCUGAAGUCCUUUAAAAACACUUGUAAGUGUAAAAAUCUUCCCCCAAAUUAAUAGACUGUGUAUUUAGUACUGUACAGUGUAAUUUUUCAAAAUAUAUAUUGUAUGUACUGUACGUAUAUUGUAUGUACAUAUAUCGUAUGUAUGUAUAUUGUAUACGUAUAUCAUGUACGUAUAUUGUAAUGUACGUAUAUCGUAUGUGUGUGUAUAACGAAUGUGCAUAUAUCUUACCUAUGUACUGUAUAUCUCAUACGUAUAUCGUGUAUACGUAUAUCGUAUGUGCGUACACCAUAUGUGCAUACAUCAUAUGUGCGUACAUCUUAUAUGCGUGUAUCGUAUGUACUUAUAUCAAAUGUGCGUACAUCAUAUGUGGACACCCAAAUUUGUUUCCAAAGGUUUUAAGGAGUUGUUUUUUGUUUUUGUGUGUGUACGUCUGGGGUACAGAUGGCUAAAUAUCUGACUUGGGAUCACCGAUACGUACGGUUCAGUGUAAAUCAUCAAUGAAGAAUGAAACUACAGUAUAUAUCACCAUUUCUUACUUGUCACCUAUUAUCGUUUUUAAUCGACGAUGCUAAAUGUAUAUCGUAUUACUUCACUCUUACCAUUUUCACUAUUCAAAUGGCACUAGUAGUGAGCGUUCUCGAGAUUCUUAGCUAAACUCGGCAUUUGACAAGCUAGCAGUAUUGUUUUGGUUACGCCAGUACUUUUAUAGUCACAAAUAAUAUGGAGGAUAUAGACAUCAACAUAGUUUUUCCUCAAACAUCGUACAGCGUUGUAAAUGUGAUAUUGGGCCAGGUAGGAAAGCACACCUGUCUGGAUGACUCUCCAACACAUACUUUGACUGUAUAAUCCCAGUUGUCUUGAGGGGAAUACGCGCGAAGUUUGUGCUUUAACGAAAUUUUGAACUCUUUCCCAUUUAGAUGCUAUAUUCAACUGAUGUAGCGAGAGUUGAUCCCGUCAUGAAUGAUAAAUAUGUAUGGGAGAGGAAAAUUUGGUAGUUCAGGAGGGAUUAGAACCUAACCGCCUAAGAAAAAAGUGUUGUAAAACAUUCAAUGGGACUUUAAUUCAUUGGACUGCGUUAAUCGAAAGAGAUCAUCAGACUGGGGCUUCAGGUAGCAGCAGAUUACUCGUGGUGUUGGUGAGUGUGGUGGUGGUGGCACUGGGUGAGCUGUGUAGUGUGUGCAGUAAGAGUGUACUUGCAGCGUGUAUUAAACCUGCAGGAUCUUGUAUGUAGCAUAAUGUACUCACCUGGCUACUUGUGUGGUUAUACACAGUACUUUUUUGGGGGAAUUGAACGUGCACUGUCCGGCACGUAUUUCCAAUAUUGGGACAUUCAGUCAGGUUACAUCUGGCCGAGCGACUCUGCUCAUCUGGUCGAAGAGCAUCUUUACCAGUCUGGUCGGAUGACCGAGCUCAUCUGGUAGAGCACUGCUAGAGGAUUGCAAAACACGUCGACCAGGCUGGUAGCGUUGUAUGAUCUGGGUUAGGUCGCACUAACGGGACCUGUAUCUGCUGUCAUCACCAAUCAUUUAAAUAAAUAUUGCAGCUAUUUGUAGUAACUUAAUCUGCACCAUGUAAAUAAAAAUACAGACAUCUUUUA